AACGCAGGGGAACCUCCUCGACAACGCCGUGGCACACGUUCGCUCUUCCCGGAGCUGUUACAACCGCGUAUUUCUCGUGUCGUUCAUCGGUAACAGUGAAUAUUUAGUAUCCACGAGUUCCCCUAACCGGUGCGAAUAAUGACGAUGAACGCAUGAAGCGUGGUGAAACGCGUGCCUGGCAAAAUGCGAGCCGAAAGGAGAGCCGUCGAACGUCGGGAGAUCUUCGUCAGAAGGAAAGACGGGCCGAAGAGUCUCAGGUGAUCUUUCUUCCUUUUCAUUGGAACGGUAACAUUCAAUCAAGAUGCAGGACUCGCAGAGACAUGGUACCGGCCAGGGUGGUACUCUACAUGUUGUCGUUCUCGGGGUUCACUGUCUCCUUCAUGAUGAGGAACGACAUCAACAUCGCCAUGGUAGCGAUGGUGAAACCGCCGUCCACGAAAUCGGACACCAACGACGCGAUGACAUCUCAUCAUUGUUAUGUAACGCCGAAUGUAUCGUUCGUCAACAAUACCACCACGCCGAUCAGACUUGAGGAUCAAGGAGAGUUCGAUUGGAGUCCAACAAUUCAAUCAGCCAUUAGUGGUUCCUUCUACUGGUGCUACAUAUUGUCACAAGUGGUCGGUGGUGUUUUGACACAAUAUUUCGGCACGAAGACGGUAUUCGGUGGGUCACAGCUGAUCACAGCAGUCUGCAGCUUGCUGAUGCCUUCUGCAGCUGGCAUCCAUUAUGGUUUCAUGAUUGCUUUGCGCAGUAUACAAGGCAUUGCCAGUGGACUCACGUGGCCGGCGAUGUACGCCAUCGUUGGGCAUUGGAUACCACCGGUGGAACGUUCGCGUUUCAUGUCUUCCUUUCAAGGGUUCAGCUUUGGGAUCGGGAUAACCUAUCCAUUGUGCGGAUUCAUCAUCGCCCAUUUCGGUUGGAGAGCGGUCUUCUAUACGACCGGCAGCAUCGGUAUGUUCUGGUGCCUUUUCUGGUAUUUCUUCGCCUUCGACACGCCUGCCAGCCAUCCAAGAAUAUCUCAACAGGAGUUACGGUACAUUCAAGGAAGCGUUGGAAAUCAAGUUCACGGAACGACCGAGGGUCUGCCAGUUCCAUGGGGUUCCAUUCUGAGAUCUUGGCCAGCAUGGUCGAUCGGUAUCACCACUUUCGGAAGGAUAUGGGUUCACUAUAUUUUCAUCAUUUCCGGACCAAUGUACAUGAAGACAGUUCUAGGGUUCAGUAUUCAAGCGAAUGGAGUUCUUUCCGGUUUACCGUUCAUCUGUAGCUACUUCAGCUCCGUAGCCUUCUGCUACGUAGCCGAUGUCCUUGUAACGAGGCAGAUUUUGUCACUGACAAACGUCCGCAAGGUGUUCACCGCUCUUUCACAAGUAGUUCCUGGAAUAAUGUUAGUGUUGAUCGGCUAUCUGGGCUGCGACAUCGUCCUGGUUUUGGUGGUAUGGUUCAUAGCCGUCACCCUAAUCACUGCUGCUUACGCAGGGGCGAUGGCAAACAUCGUUGAUAUAGCGCCAAAUUUUGCUGGCCCGAUAUUGGCGUUUGCGCAAACCAUUCACAUGUCCGCCAGUUUUCUGUCUCCGGUGGUAGCUGGUCUACUCACUCAGAAGAGUCAAGCACUCGACGCGUGGAGACAGGUAUUCGGAGUCACUGCUUGCGUCGCGUGCGCCACCUACGUUGUAUACCAGAUCUUUGGUACGGCGGACAUCCAAGCGUGGAAUUAUCCGGACCAAAAGUAUCCGCAAUCGGUUCAAGAAGAUUCGCAGCCUUUGAACGAGUCUCCUCAGAAGAACGGAAAGAUCGUCAAGUCUCGGUCGAACGUGUCCGAGGAAGCGUAACACGAUCGUUGUUCGUCCCUGAUAAGAAAGAAGAGUAUAAAGUAUACUCUUGUCACAGACGAUUACAAACACUUCUCCUUUUAAUCUCGCAAAGAGACGAUCAACCUUAAGAUAUAAUAUUUAUUAUAUAUACACACACGCGCGAGAAAAGUCUAUUUUUUUCGUAAUAUCUCUGUAUGUAUGUGGAUAGAAAUCGGUAGUUCGUCCGUGGGAGAAGUGAUAGUCAGGGUAAUGUACAUUGUAAAGUUUAUAGGAUAUUUUUAUGAGAAUUCUCGAAUUAACGCGUUUCAAAAUCUUUCUUUUUUUUUUUUUAUUAACACCUUACUUACCGUUUAAUAGUAACCGAAGAUCAAAAGGAGUAACUCUGAGUUUGAAUUUUUUCAGCAUUGUAAGAUAAUUAAUUUUUAUUAUUCUAAUUGAGUUUCAGGUGAUUUAUUAAUUGUUUUUCAGUCAACAACCAAUAGUAUUGAAACGUUUGUUAAUAGACUUCCGGUAAGUAAAGUGUUAAGGUCUUGUUUCGAAGCGAAAUGCACAAAAAGUUUAUACGCAAUGUUAAUUAACAUUUUUCUCGAUUCAAAGCGACCCUUUGCUCGCGUAUUAUUUUCUGUGAUUAAAUCCUUUUUUUAAUAAGAUCUUGAUCGUUAAUGAGCGCGAAAAAGAGGAAUGAACCUCGUAGAAGCGCCAAGGGAACAGUUUCCAAAUUCUGAAUAUUGAAAUGUUUGACUAAAAUGUUUGGAUACUGUUGCCUUCUACGUUCUUACGAAUACUUCUCUGUGUAAAUUACAAUUACCACUUGAUUGUAGAAUUUCUCUUUCUCUCUGUUAAGAAGUGUUUGUUCUACGUAACUCUUAAUCAAGAGAUGACGACACGUAUUUAUAUGUUUGCCAGUGAUAUUUUCUCAAUGCCCUGUUAGAAUACGUGGUGUAAAAAGGAGUUUAUAAAGAAAAAAAAAUUUCGUACGAUACUGUACUUAGAGACCAUAUUUACACAGAAAUAUUUAAUACGCUGUAGGAUUAGAAACAAUACGAUGUACAAAAAUAUAAAGCGACAGAGAUGUUAUAUACUACCACUGAUCGAUGCCUUGUAUUAGCUAUAAUUUCUUUCAUCUCUUUCGACAAACAGUUUCGAUGAAAAAUUAUCUUUCAUUUAUGUACUUAAAAAAUUUGUUUCAUCAGUUGUAUCGUCCUUAGUUCAACCCUCGAAUGGGGGGUCAUUGAUGAUUUAUUUAACUUUCAAGUGGAGAUAAAUUUUUCCAUUUUAAUUUUAAAAAAUUUUAAAUGAUUCUUUAACUACCGUCUUUGUCGACAAAUUUCACUAUCUAAUUUUAAUUAGAAUUGACCCCUCUAUUUGAAAAUUGAUUGCAAUGCUCACUAGUCUUGAAUUAAAAAACAAAUACAAAGAAACUUUUCGUUCUCAGGAGAAGAUUUGUUCGACUCACAAUCAAUGAUUCCAUUCACUUAAGGAACACAAAUGCUAAGAGAGAUGAUCGUUGCAAAGUAUUGUAAUUUUAAUUAUUUUUAUACUGGCACCGUUUACAUGCGAUAAAUGUUAAGCCAACUUUCUCUUUGUUAAUCGUUAGUUGUAAGUAAUUUAAGUUACACGCAGAUAUUUAAACAGUGAAUACCGAAAAUUAGGUGAAAUAUAAUCCUCGCAUACGUAAGCGUACAAAUACGAAUUGUUCACGUAGAAGAAAUUCGUCAGUCGUUAGAAAUUCUAAUAAAACAUCGUGUAAUUUUUUUUCUGUGCCAUGUGCAGAAAUUUAACACUUUCGUUGAAUGAGAACAAAAAUUCAUUUCACCGGUUGUAUCGUCGCUAAUUUAAUUGCGAUGCUUAAUUAUAUUAAGCAUUAAUUGUGAAUCAAAAAUAGUUCUGUUGUGCGAACGACACAUCUCACAAUCAGAUGUGUUACUCGAAAUCAGGUAACUUUGUAACGAGAUCGAAUACCAUGUAAUUCAUGGCGAGAACAUGACAAGAACAUGAGCAAAUUCAAAAAUAUAUGAUUACGUAUAAUUUCACUAAAA